AUGACACCGGUUCUAUUUGUGAAUAAAAAGGAUGGCACCAUGAAAAUGUGCAUCGAUUAUCGGCAAUUCAAUAAACUGACAGUGAAAAACAAAUAUAUACUUCCAAGGAUCGACGAUUUAUUUGAUCAAUUUCGAGAGGUUUCUAUGUUUUCAAAGAUUGAUCUCCGUUCUGAGUAUCACCAGUUGAGAGUUAAGGAGGUGGAUGUUCAUAAGAUUGCAUUUAGAACUCGUUAUGGCCAUUACGAGUUUCUAGUUAUGCCUUUUGCUCCUUUGAAUAAGCUUCAGCAUAAGGAUGUUCCUUUUGUUUGGACUGAUGCGCAACAAUCGAGCUUCGAGAAGCUCAAACAGCGGCAAUGGAUUGAGCUGCUCAAAGAUUAUAACUGCACGAUAGAGUAUCAUCAUGGUAAGGCCAAUGUAGUGGUCGAUGCUCUAAGUCGUAGAGCGAUGACUGAUUUAAGAGCGAUGUUCGUUCGACUUAGUCUGUUUGAUGAUAGGAGUCUGUUAGCUGAGUUGCAGAAGUUUGCGAAGCUGUAUAUUUUUGAGAUUGUAAGACUGGACGGGGUUCCUGUUUCGAUAAUUUCUAAUAGAGAUCCUCGCUUUACUUCUCGGUUCUGGAAGAAAUUACAUAAGGCUCUAGGUAAACGUCGGGUUUUGGGUCCUGAGUUGGUUUCUAAGACCGAGGAUAAGGUUAGAUUGAUUCAAGAUCAUCGAAAAAUGGCUUCUGAUAGACAGAAAUCUUAUGCAAAUUUGAAGAGGUGUGAUAUUGAGCACUCUAUGGGGAACUUCUUUUUUCUUAAGAUUUCUCCGUGGAAGAAGUCUGAUCCAUCUCACAUUGUCUCUGCUGAGAAGGUCAAUGUUAGACUGGAUUUGACUUUUAAGGAAGAGCCAGUUCAGAUUCUAGAGCGAGAUGUUAAGAUUUUGAGGAGGAAGUUCAUUCCUUUAGUAAAGCAACGAAUUGAGAAGACCGUGACUCUAUUCUUGCAGAAUCGUAGUCAAUCGUUUGGAGUGUUGGAGUAA